CACUGGCCCGCCGCAGUCGGCAGACGCCCCGGCGACCCCUGGGGACACCUGGGCUCUAGUGGAUGUCGCCCGCGCUCAGUGGAUUUACGCCCCAGCCUCCGACCUCGCCAACGCCUUCGCGCCACAUCUGCCAGCCAACCAUGCGCAGGGCGCCACACUUGUCUGCCCAGCCUUGCAGAUGGCCCGCACGUGACGCAGCCUUGGAACUGGUCGCGACGAAAAAGUUACAGGAAGCUCCAGCGCGACGGGUGACGUGCGACAGUCGCGAACUUGCAUUGCGGCGAGCCAAGCAACCUCUCGGCGCGCAACAUCCGUCACCAGCAAUAUGGAUGAUCUCUACGACGAGUUCGGCAACUUCAUCGGCGAGGAGGCCGCGUCCGAGGAGGCGUCCGAGGCAGGCGUUGAUGCUGGCGACUAUGUCUACGACUCGGAGCCCGAGCAGGCCACCGGAGUCGGAGAGGAGCUUAUGGAGGUUGAUGAUGGCCCGUCAAACGCCGUCAUCCUCCACGAGGACAAGCAGUACUACCCGACCGCUGAGCAGGUAUAUGGCGAGGAUGUCGACACGCGCGUCGAGGAAGUGGACGCACAGCCCCUGACGGAACCCAUCAUUGCGCCCGUCGAGGUCAAGAAGUUCAACAUCGAGGAGGCCGACCUGCCACCCGUCUUCUUCGACCGUACCUUCAUGACCGAUUUAAUGAACUUUCCCGAGCAAACGCGAAAUGUUGUGCUGGCAGGACAUCUACACCACGGAAAGACGGCAUUCAUGGACAUGUUGGUCAUGGAGACGCACGACAUCGCCGAGAGACUGGACAAGAGGUCCGGGAGGAAGCGCGACGAAAAGCUCCGGUACACCGACACGCACCUGCUCGAGCGCGAGCGGGGCAUCUCGAUCAAGGCGGCGCCCAUGAGUCUUGUCUUGCAGAGCACCAAGGGCAAGUCACAUCUCGUCAACAUCAUCGACACGCCGGGCCAUGUCAAUUUUGUCGACGAAGUGGCCGCCGCGAUUCGCCUGGCCGAUGGUGUGUGCCUGGUCGUCGACGUCGUUGAGGGCGUGCAGGUCAACACGGAGCAAAUCAUCAAGCACGCCGUCCUCGAGGACAUUCCCAUAACCCUCAUCAUCAACAAGAUGGACCGACUCAUUCUGGAACUGAAGCUCCCACCCAGAGACGCCUACUUUAAGCUCAAGCAUGUUGUCGAAGAGGUCAACACCAUCAUCACAAAUACAGCUCCCACCACGGCGUCCUUGAAGCGGAUCAGCCCGGAAAGGGGCAACGUGCUCUUCGCGUGUACCGAUUUUGGCUGGUGCUUCACCAUUCAGUCCUUUGCCAAGAUGUACGCUGCGCAAUACGGUGGCCUGAACGCAGAUGACCUCGCGAAGCGGCUGUGGGGAGACGUCUUCUUCAACCCUAGGAAACGCAACUUCACCCGGAAGCCCGUAGAGGACGGCGCUUCCAGAUCGUUCCUCCACUUCAUCCUGGAACCCAUCUACAAGCUGUUCACGCACUCCAUCAGCGACAGUCCCGCACAGCUGAAAACCGUGCUGGCAAAGCUAGGCAUUCAGCUGAAGCCAUCACAGUACAAGGCCGACGCCAGGGUCAUCCUCAAACUGGUGUGCGAGCAGUUUUUCGGCCCGUCUAACGGCUUCGUCGACAUGAUUGUGCAGCACGUUCCGUCGCCCGUCGAAGGCGCACAGCGAUACCUAGAGAGAUACUACACAGGGCCGCUCGACUCCAAGAUUGCGGCGUCGAUGUCUAAAUGCGACCAGGAUGGGCCUUUGGUUGUGCACGUUACAAAGCUGUUCAGCACAUCUGACGCCAAGAGCUUCUACUCCUUUGGCCGCGUACUGAGCGGCACGGUACGGCCUGGGAUGGCUGUACGCGUCUUGGGCGAAGGGUACUCGCUCGACGACGAGGAAGAUAUGGUCAUGGCGUCGGUGGGCGAGGUAUUCAUUGGCGAAACGCGAUAUAGCAUCCCAACUGAUGGCGUCCCCUCCGGCAACCUGGUCCUUCUCGGCGGUGUCGACAACUCGAUAGUCAAGUCUGCCACGAUCAUGGCUCCGAGAUUGGAAGACGACGAAGACGCCCACAUCUUCCGCCCCGUCACCCACUUCACCGAAUCCGUCCUCAAGGUCGCCGUCGAGCCCAUCAAUCCGUCAGAACUGCCCAAGAUGCUGGACGGUCUCCGCAAAGUCCAAAAAUCGUACCCUCUCAUCAACACGAAGGUGGAGGAGUCGGGUGAGCACAUUGUGCUCGGCACCGGCGAACUGUACAUGGACUGUGUCCUGCACGACUUGCGACGGCUGUACGCAGACAUGGACAUCAAAGUCUCGGAUCCCGUCACACGCUUCUGCGAGACGGUUGUGGAGACAUCAGCGACCAAGUGCUAUGCUAUCACACCAAACAAGAAGAACAGAAUCACCAUGGUCGCGGAACAGUUAGAGAAGGGCAUCUCGACGGACAUUGAGACGGGCAAAGUCAACAUUCGUGAUCCCAUCCGCAAGACAGCCAAGUUUUUCGAGGAGACACACGGCUGGGACAAGCUGGCAGCGCGCAGCAUCUGGGCGUUUGGCCCCGAGGACAAGGGACCCAACAUAUUGCAGGAUGACACGCUCCCGACGGAGAUCGACAAGAAGCUGCUAGGAACCGUACGGGAAUCGAUCCGGCAGGGGUUCAGCUGGGCCACCCGUGAGGGACCCCUGUGUGAAGAACCCAUCCGAAACACCAAGUUUAAGGUUACGGACGUGGUGCUGGCCAACGAAGCCAUUUAUCGCGGCGGUGGUCAAAUCAUCCCCACUUCUAGACGGGCCUGCUACUCGUCCUUCCUCAUGGCAUCUCCGCGGCUCAUGGAACCUGUCUAUGCGGUGUCAGUCACCGGGCCGGAAGAUUCAUACAUGGAGGUCUACAACGUGCUGGCCCGGCGGCGGGGCCAUGUGCUAUCCGACGGCCCCGUCGCCGGGACGCCCCUUUAUCGCGUCAACGGCCUACUGCCGGUGAUCGAUAGCUUCGGUUUCGAAACAGAUCUGCGGAUCAAGACGCAGGGGAGCUCCAUGGUCAGCCUUGUGUUCGACAGCUGGAGCAUCGUGCCUGGCGACCCGCUCGACCGAGAUCAGGUCAUCCGGCCGCUGCAGCCGGCGUCGACGCAGGCGACGGCGAGAGACUUUGUGCUGAAGACGAGGCGGCGCAAGGGCUUGAGCGAGGACGUGAGCGUCAAGACGUUCCUGGAGCCCGAGUUCUACAGCAGCCUCAUGGAGAGCGGCAUGUUGGGCGAUAUGUAAAGAUUGGGUUUGGCCGAUUGCAUGACACGAAUACUCUUUUUUUAGACGAUGGCGCCUUCGGCGUGGGGGGUUCGCAUGACGGAUGACAUGGUCGUUCAUGUAUAUAGCGGGACUUGGGAGACCGCAGCGGUUGAUUUGCCACGAGCUGAGAUGGGAUAUGGGGCCGGGCUUGGCCGGGCUAGCGGGAGUCUUAAAAGACGUCAAUGCGAGACGCCCAUGGCGUCUCAGCUGUACAUAUAAGUUACGUAUCGCACGUGCGCC